GACGCCUAGUGUUGACGAGGGUCUUAACUUCCCGGCAGUCCUCGAGGUCGUUCCUGGUGGAAAGAUCCACCGGGCACCACCUGCCGGUGCCCCCCUCGAAAGCGUUGGUUCCUCUCUUACGGUCCAGGACGUCGCGAAGGUCGUCGAUGCGGGCGGUGUCGGAUCCACGGGCCCUGCGAUUUCCUGGAUCCACGGGCGCAUGGGGGACUCCUCCUCCAACGCGGCACCGGCGGGUGUCGGAGGAGAACGCACAUGGUCUGGAGCGCGGCCACCUUGGUGGCCUCGCCAGCGCCCGGCCGACGGCGCGCUGGUGGGGGCUCGACGAGCAGGCACCGCCGGGGGGAGCUGAGCCCCCUGCCGCUAGAAGACUGGCUGAGCCGCAACGAUGUCCCAUGCCAUACCCAGUGGUUCCCAGCGUGCUGGCGGCGAAGGCCGCUGCCGCCGCUGUGCCUGCGAUCGACGGGAGGGCAUGGUUGAUGAUGAUUGAUACAACAAAUAUUUAAUAUUUGGAUUUAGCUGUGGUGUUCAAACACAUCUAUCCCCUGUCCCUGCAACAGCAGAAUACAAUCAAUCCACUGCAACUGAGACUAGCCACUGGACAAUGGAUGCGAACCAUGCGACUCAGAAAACUUGAAAAGAUGCUAUUCCAGCUGACACCUAAAGUUCUACUACUUGAUGUCCUUUAAGGAAUUCUGAUAAUGGACAGAUAGACUGUUUCUCAACCAUGGCAAGUACACCAAUUUUAACAGUAAAGACCCUUCAUAUCAAUUCAGCGAUUCUUGCUGCAAGAAGUCGCUUCUUUCUAAAGCUUUUCUCAAAUGGCAUGAAUGAAUCUGAUCAGACGCAUCCAAGAAUCAGGAUUGCUGAUUCAGAGGAAAAGGCCUUUAUGGAGCUUUUAAGCUUCAUGUACAGUGGAAAGUUGACAACAAUUGAGCCCACUCUUCUGCUCGACAUCUUAAUGGCUACCGAAAAAUUUGAGGUUCUUUCUUGCAUGAGGUACUGCAGUCAGCUGCUCAGAAGCCUGCCUAUGACCACAGAAUCUGCACUGCUAUACCUAGACCAUCCAUGCUCCCUUUCAAUGGCUGCUGAAGUUCAGAGUGUGGUAGGUGCAGCCAGGGAAUUCCUUGCUGAGAAAUACAAGAUUUUAGACAAGUUUGAAGAAGUGAUGAACAUCUCUCUUUCUGGAAUCGAGGCGAUCUUUUCGAGCACUGACAUACAAGUAGCAUCUGAAGAUGCGGUAUAUAACUUCUUGCUCGAGUGGGCCCGUGCGCGAUACCUGGAACCGGAGGAAAGACGCGAGAUCUUGAGCAGCCGUUUGCUUCCGCUGGUACGCUUCAGUCAUAUGACAUGUGCCGCACUUCAGGAGAUCCUAGCAUGCACUGAUGAUGAUAUAGACCGUGAGCAAGUAACCAAGCACAUCAAUGAGGUCCUCCUCCAUAAAGCUUACCCAACCCAGAUGGAAGGUGCUCUUGCAGCAGAUGUAUCAACUCUCGAUUGGCAAUCUGUUGAGCGAACUUACGGGUCCAAACAUGUGAAAGCGGUUGCGUUUGAUCGACCUUACCCACAGGUUAUAGUUUACAUGGAUCUAACGCGCGCCGAAUGCUCCGGAUUCUUCCCAUCAGGAGUUAUAUUGUCGGACUGGUUCAAUCUCGCAGGUCAGAAAUUCUAUCUCAUGGCAAACUGUGUACUGGAUGAGGAGACAGAGUUGUACAGCUUUUGCCUCUGGUUAGGGAUAUAUGGAAAUUCUAUCUCAGGCUCGUCGUGUUUCGAUAUUGAGUUUGCUGCAAGGACAAGAUCGUCAGGAAAAUUCUUGAGCAAGUACGGCGGUAGGCACACAUUCAGCGGGUCUUUGCUGGAGGGAUGCGAUGAUCUUUUUGGAGUUCCAUGGUCGACGUUCAUUGCGGACGACAGCCUCUUCAUUGACGGCGUGCUGCAUCUGAGAGUUGAUCUGACUGCGGUGGAGCAGCCUGAAUUACAGACCUGAUGGUAUUUCACUCAGCAAAGUUAGGGUGUGUCUUGAGCCCUGCAUGUGAUACUGUGAGCUGCUGCAGCAGCCAGGAAGUUUAAUCCCUGGGCAUUGUCCGGGGUAACCUGAAUCAUGUGUUGUUGUUGUUGAUCGGUUGCUACUGCAAGUCAGUAGUAACAUGUGUGUGUGUGUGCGCUGACUGCUGACUUUUGUAUGUUGCUAUCAUACUUCAGAAUUUUAUUUA